AGAGCUAAUGAAAGCUAUUUUGGGUGCUUGGGAAAGAUUGUCGUUGGAGUAAACUUUUACUGUCAUUAUACAAGUUUAAAUUUUUACAGUAGACUUCACUGGUAACAUGUAUAAAUUAACCUUGGAUAACCUAGAAUAUCAAGGUUAAAAUAAAACUUUUUCAAUGAUCAAAGUCGUACUGUUGUAUACUGUUGAGUUAUCUUGCAUUAAAUCUACAAAAUAUAUCAAUAAUGAAGGCCUACAACAGUGACAGAGGAAUGAUUACUUUAACAAAAAAAUUAAAGUCUAGUAAGGGGGGAGGAAUACCAGAGCCCCCAAAGAAGCGGAUUUCUAUUCGUGAUCAACUACUAGUUAAAGAGGUUAGCGAAAUGGAAAGCAAUCUUCCAGAGGGAUGCGUUGCAAAAUUUGAGGACCCAGACACCCUACACUCGUUUCGUCUAGUUGUGUCCCCACCUGAAGGUUAUUGGUCAGGCGGUGUUUUUGUGUUUAGUAUCAAUGUACCAGAGGAAUACAACAUAGCGCCACCGACAGUGAGAUGUGAGACAAAACUCUGGCACCCAAAUAUCAGUGAAGAAGGGGAAAUCUGCUUAUCUCUUCUUAGGCAAAAUUCUAUCGAUGGCCUGGGCUGGGCCCCAACACGAAGAUUAAAGGAUGUUGUGUGGGGCCUGAGUAGUUUAUUUAUGGACCUGUUGAACUUUGAUGACCCUCUGAACAUUGAAGCUGCUGAGCAUUAUCAACGAGACAAGGAAUCUUUUAGACGGAAAGUUAGGGAAUAUAUUGAUAAAUACACAAAACGAUGAGAAGCCCAGCUCUUUUAAAGUAUUUGUAAAUACUCUACUCCUACUAAUGGAUUUGUUCCUCUCUGUUCAAUCAUAAGCUAACAUUUUUUACAUUUUAGCUCUUCAAAUAAGCCAAAAUAGAUGGUGUUUAGAUUUUGAUAUUAUGUAUGUAUUAUAUCAUAGGUUAUUGUUUUUCUAUGCAGCUUUUUGGCUGCAACAAUAAAAUGGGGCAUUGUACAAAUAAAAUAAAUAUAGGUAAUCUCAUGAUGCAGUACUAAAUUUAUUAUUGAGUAUGAAGUGAAAUAAUCCCAUCACAGAAUAUUGUAGCUUAGUGAUGUUAUGUUAAUGACAAGGAAUUUGCAAUACUGUAUAUCUAUUGUUUAGUGUAGUUUGUUUAAAUUUUCCUCAUAAAGAAAAUAGAUAUAACAACUAGCUUUUCAUUGUACGAUUCAGUACAGAUUAAGAAUUUUUUUAUGUUGUACAGUAUAUUUAUACACUGUACUGUAAAAAAAAAAUUGAGAAGCGAUUUUAUUCCCUUGAAAAUAAAUUUGUAUGUAGAUAAUGACGUAUGACAGUUACGUUUGCUAUUUAUUAAUUGUAGUGAAAGUAUAUUUUUUCCUAAACCCUGACCCCUUCUUUCCUUCUUCCCCUGACAUGUCUUUUAAAGUGUUAUUUUUUUUUUUUUUUUGAGUCUCUCAAUUUUUUUUUUUUAACUAUACAGCCUCUCCUCACUUAACGACAGACUUCCGUUCCUAAGGUCACGUCAUUAAACAAAUUUGUAGCUAAGUGACCAUACUGUAAUAGUAGUGGGUUUGUGUCAAUCAUCUUUUAUAUUGUUUUAAUGUCACCUUUGCACCAUUUAUAACAUUUCUGGUAUAUUUUUAAAUGUUUAUACAGUAGUGUACUGUACAGUGGACCCCCGCAUAACGAUGGCAUCACAUAGCGAUUUUUCCGCAUACCGAUUACUUUUAUCGCAAAAUUUUUGCCGCGCAUACCGAUUAAAAACCCGCUUACCGAUUUUCGUCCGAGACGCGUCCAAUGUGCCCUCAGCCAGCCUCACAUGUGCCAGCCGUCCCAUUGUUUACCAGCCAGCCUCCGCGGUAACAUCCAAGCAUACACUCGGAAUAUUUCGUAUUAUUACAGUAUU